GUUUGGUUCAAGCUGAAAAAUUGUUCCCUGCGCCUGGGGUCAUGGAGCCUGGUGAGUAUGAUGCCUUGGUGGUGAAAGCUCGAAGUAGCAGCACAGCUGCACUAGAGUUGCUGCAGUUUAUGCGGACACACAAAAUCCACCAGCCUGAGUUGGUCCUUCAGCACGGUGCCAAGUUGGUGCGAAGCCAACGGUUGGGCAACGAGCUGUGGACUGUCCUGGAACAAGUCUUCAUGGCCGCAGCAGAAUUGGGUUGUGACGACUGGCGGGACUACUGCCUCAAGGAACUCACGAAGAACUUCCCGUCGUCGCUUCGAGUCGAGCGCUUGAAAGGCAUUGAGAAAGAAAGUCAAGCAGACUGGAAGGAGGCUGAAAAGAUCUAUCAGAAGAUCUUGUCGACAAAGCCUGAGGACACCAUGGCUCACAAGCGCCUCAUCGCUAUGCACAAGCAGAGCGGCAAAGUUUCAGAGGCCAUAGAAGCAAUCAACACCUAUCUGCAGACUUUCAGCACUGAUUCAGAGGUGUGGCAUGAGCUCGGUGAAUUGUACAUCGAGGUUGGAAGUUUGCAGAGAGCAGCUUUUUGCUUUGAAGAGAUGAUUGUGCACAAUCCUCGCUCCAUGUACACAAUUCUGACUUACGCAGAGCUGCUGUACUCAGUUGGUGACUUCGAAGCGAGCAGAAAGUACUUUAGCAUGGCAGCCUACCUGGAUGAGAUGAACCUCCGAGCUCUAUGGGGACUGGCAACAUGCAAUAUGGCUUUAGCAGAGAAAGAUAAAGCACGAGAAAAGACAAAGCAAUUCCAGGAGCUGCAGAAGUUGACGUUGGAAAGGCUCAAGACAGCGUACAAGGGCUUCGGCGCGACUGGAAAGCCAGCGGCGAAGUUGUUGGCAAUGAUGACACUGUGAGAUGCUGUCGAUUUCAGCAUCGAAAUCAUGGCUGAUUUGAUGGACGUUGAUGGAUGCGAACGAUCAAUACGAUCAUCAAAGUCAAAACUUCACACAGUUUCCAGGUCCUUCAAAUACAACGAAAAUAUCGCCGUGCAGAACACCAUGCAGAACACGCAUGGGACGUGGUGAAGCCUGCAGCCUGCAGUUCAAAAA